AUGACGGGCUCGUGCCCGCAGCGGGGCGCGCACUCGGGGCGCGCGGGACCGAGGCCGGUGCGGGGACGGGACCCGCCUCGCCGCGCACGCGCAGUGCGCCAACGGCUCCACCCGCCGGGGCCACGGACGCCCUGCACCCCGCACCCGCGCCCUUCCUCUGGGAUACCCCAAACUCUGCCGGGCGGACCCGGUACCCCUGGGGGCGUGGAGACGCGGGACCCUCAGGGCACACUGCCCGCCGCCCUGUCCCCGCCCCCAGGGGGGUGUCUCUGCGGCCUGCGGGCUCUGAGGCCGAGCAGGGGUCCGAACCCCAAAGCCUGGGCUCUGCACAGGAGCCCCAGGAGGGGGCCUGAGCCCAGCGUGAGGGCUGACGAGGACGGGGCUGCGGUCGCCACUGCUGGCUGCCGAGCAGCAGUGAGGAGUCACCCUGCAGACCCCUGCGACAGAGCAGGUGCGCACCUGGUGGCCUCAGGCAAGGUGGAGACAGGAGCAGGAGGUGCUGCUGGAGGCCGAGCUGACGCCCGAGUCUCCAGGACAACAGGGUGUCGAGUCCCCGAACCCGGGGGACGGCGAGACCUGCAGAGGCCCCGGAACCUACUGGGCCCCAGGGUCUCUGAAGGUCAGGGGCUUCCAGGAGCGAUGCCUGCAGCCCUCCAGCACCAAGAGCCACACCAAUGGGAAUGUGGACGGCCUGGACCUCGGCAUCUGGGUCCUCCUGGACAAGAACCAAGGUGUAGACUGGGAUUGGACCACAUCUCCCGGCCCCCAUCGAUCUCCACUCUGACUACACCUCUGAAGGGUUCCUCCAGGAUGGAAUCUCCAACCAUCUUCACCAAAGGGCACAUGGGGACUUGUGAGAACCUGGGGCUCCAGUGAUCCCAGAUCCUGUCAAGGGGCAAAUGCCUGGAGAUCCCAGGGUGGGAGAAAGUCCCUGGAAGCUCCAAGGACACAAGUUGAUUACUCAGAGAAGAGAAAUUCUGUAUGGACUUUAACCAAUUGAAAUUUGGAUCAAUUUCCCAGUGAGGCAAUUGCAUAUUAAAACAACAAUGAGAUCUUAUCGGCCUCGCUGACACCAGAGGGACAGAAGUUAGCAGGCAGGUCAUACACACUGUCGGCGGGUGGCAGGAAGCAGCCACGUCUUCACCUGCUUUGGGACCCUCGGCUGCUUCGAGUAACCUGGCCCCAGCCGUUCAAGCUUUCAACACGCAUCACCUGCAGCCUGACCGUCCCUUCCUGGGGGUCUCUCCUGGGUGGGCAGGAACAUUAGGAUGUUCAGGAGACAUGAUGUUCCCUGCAGCCCUGUGGAAAGGACAGCAGGAAGGAGUCACAUCAAGGCCUGAGGGACUGACAGCCUGAACCUCUGAGGGCCCAGCCUCCCCUCGGGAACACGACAGCCCUGUCGCCUGACCUGGAGGGUCACGGUGAGCCCCCUGAGACGGCAAGUUGCAGAGACACAUGUAUUAGAGGCUAACUGUGUUAUUUUUAUUUAAAAAUGCACCUGGAAGCCUGAGGAUGGGAAAACAUGGAGCAGGUUGGAGGACACUCUAGCAGACUGCAGGGGGACCCCUGGACACAGGGAGCACCUGGGGACAGGCAGCUGAAGCAACCAAGGCAGUGUCUCCAACAAAAGCUGCCAUGGACUCAUGGAGCUGGGAACACGGUAGAAGAGCCUUUCCUGAUAUUCCAUCAAACACUGCACCUGGUUAAGCCUGGGGCUUGGUGGGAGGUGGGGGUGGCGUCGGGGUACCUCUGAGGGUGGGAGUGUGGUUCACACAGGGGAUCCCUGGGAGGAAGUCUGGGGGGCUGCCCGGGCAGGGUCUGGGUCCCAGACUCCCCUCCUCUCUUGGGACCUGGGUGUGCUCGCUCUGCUCCCAUCUCACCUCCAGCCUACUCUGGCCCCUGUUGGGGUUGUGGCCCUCUGGCCCCAUGGUCAGGGAUGGGGUGAUGUGGUCCCCUUCAUCCAGCUUUGCACUGCACUCCUUGUGGAGUUCUGUGAAGACAAGGCCACCAGCUGGGCUAGGGAAAAGGAGGGGACAGCCCCCCACAGCUCUGGAUCCACACCUGGGCAGGUGGGCACCACCCCCAGUUCCCUCCUUCCCGCCCUGCCAGCUGUGACCUGGAUGGGAAAUGAUGAGCCCACCAGGGGUCCACGCUGACCCCCUGCCCCUGCCCCUCCCCUGACACCCCCACCCUGGGGUGCUGAGGCUGCCCAGGCAGGAUCAAUGGGUCGGCCUGGCUUGCCUCCCACAUCCAGGGCCCUGGGUUACCUUUGGCUUCCUCUUGUUAAAAGGCCAGAUCCUUCCAGGUGAGGGCUGAGCCAGCACCUGCAGUGGUGGAUGAAGCCUUCACCGUGGGGUUUGAGUCUCUAACCUUGGGACACAGGGAGACAACAGGAAAACAUCUCAUCCGAGCGUCUGUGCCUGAGUGAGCUGUUAGGGGCUGUCUCUAGAAUGUGGGCACCUGGUUACUGGGGUUCCAGGAUUUCUUGCACUAAUCUCCAAAGAAGUGAGGUCACUCCCUGUGCCCCCUCCCUGGAUAAAACUCCCCCCGUCCCCUCUGGGAUGCUGACAGCUCACCCUCCUCCCCCACAUUGUUGCCUCACUGUACACAGUGUCACCCACUCAGCCCUCCACGCUGCCCCCCAAGGCCUGGGGACAUCAGGACACCACUGGGGAGACAGCUGGGUGCAGACCCGGUCUUCCUCCCCCCAGUCCUGUGACCCAGAACAAGUCAUUGUACCUCUCGGGGCCUCCCAGGUCUCCCUCCUGCUCCAGGGGACAAUUCUAGCUUCUCCUUCUCAGGGAGGAGGUGCACGUGCGAUAAUUCCUACAAAACUCGAGGGCUGGGGUCACCUGUGGCUAAUGCUCGAGCUUCGAGAAGAAAGAAUUUCCGGAAGGAGUGGGAAGGAGCAGGGAACCCAACUCACAUCAGGGCUGAGCUCUGGGGGUGUGAUCUCGGGAAAGUCACACCGUCCUUGACUUCAUUUAUGAGUUCACACCAGGAGGGGCUUGAAAUUCAGUGAAAAGCUGAUGUUGCCAUCCUCGGGUGUCAACCCUCCAAAGAUUUCCCAUUCUAUUUACAGUCAGGUCCAGGUGCCUCUCCUUAGGCAACGUGCUGGGCUGGCUCCAGGGGCCUUCCCAGCCUCCCUUCCUCCUGGGGUGCGUGUCCUUGUGGAAUCCAUUCGUUUUGGGUGUGGACUGGACCAAGCAACUGGAUUCCAGAUAAUAUACUACGGCAAAAGUGAAGGGACUGAUGCAAUGUCACUUCCAAGAUAUAAAGAAGUCUUUGAAUUCGU